AUGUUAGAAGCAGAGAAGACAGCAGAAAAGAUAGAAAAAAUUAAGAAAAAUUUAACUAAUGCUAGUGGUAAAAAAAAAAAUGGUGAAACAACUUUGAAGGAAAAAAAAGAUAGUAAUAAUUCUAAUAAAAUAGAGGAAAAAACUGAGGCUAUUGAAAGACCACCACCUUCUAAGCGUGGUAGGAGAGGUUCACCAGAUGAUGAAAGUGAUGGAAACAUUAAAAAAGUCAAAUUUUCAACACCUCCACCAGAGGUAUAUGAAAUAACUCCACGACCUACACCUAAUAAGUCAACACAAAAAACUAAAGCACCUAGAUGUCCUCUUGAAAAUUACAUUAAUACUGUUAUAGGAGACCUCGUUUUAACGUGUGGGACUGGUGAACAGAUUGGGCAUGGGCAAAGAAAUACCACACGAAAACCUCGUGGUAUUAUGGGUACACUUCCGAAAGAUAUAAUUGAUAUUGCUGCUGGUGGUGUUCAUUCAGUUUUAUUAACUGAAAAUGGUGAUGUUUAUAGUUGUGGAAUUAAUGAAAAGGGUACUAUACCUCUUAAGGAUAGACCUGAUGACGAUUGUAUAACUGAAUUUACAAAAAUUGAGUAUGAUGAAGAUGUUACUAUUUUAGGGAAGUUUGUUGCUAUUGAUGCUGGUGCUUCAUUUUCAGCAGCAGUUACGGAGUUUGGAAGUGUAGUUAUAUGGGGAGAUCUCCGUGAUGCUGGAGGUGAGAUGAAUGAUCAUGGAGUAUUUGAAGAUCUUCGUGAAGGAAUUAAGAUACUUAUUGAUGCUAGAAAAGGUCAUAAAAUUGUUAAGAUUGCUGCAGGGGAAAAUCACCUUGUUUGUCUUUCUGAUCAAGGGGAAUUAUUUACAUUUGGUGAUCUUUCCAAAGGACAAUUGGGAAGAGUAAGUGGUAAAUACUCAAGUCGUAAAGGGGCUUUUUAUGGGGAUAAUUCUGGGGACAAAUUGAAGGUACCAAAUAUUUUAAACAAAGGUAAAGUUGUCGUUUUUGUAAACGUUUUUGCUGGUGGAUAUUGGACGAUGGCUGUUUCCAAAGAAGGUGAUGUUUAUGUUGCCGGUUUGAAUAAUUUUGACCAACUUGGAUUUCCGGCGCCAGAAAAUGAUGAAGAAGAUAAUAGAAUCUCAUCAUUUAAGAAAUCUCCCGUUUUUGCUAAAGAGGGAUUAAAAAUAACACAUGCUUGUGGAGCACAGCAUAUUAUUGUAAGAUAUGAUAAUGGAGAGGUUUAUUCUAUUGGAAGGAAUAUUGAUAAUGCCUUAGGACUUGGUACUUGGAAAGGUAAAGAUGACAAUGAAAAUUGGAAGUCUUGUAAACUUAACAAAAUUCCAUUUGAUGUUAAGAUUGCUGGUGCAACUGCUGGUCUUGGAUGUUCAAUUGUUUGGGAUGAUGAUGGAAAUUCUUGGUCAUGGGGAGCUGAUACAUCAGGUCAACUUGGUUUAGGCAUAUCUGAAGAUGAUGAUGACAAAAUGGUACCUGAGCCAAAGAAAAUUUCAUCAAAACAUUUAGAAGGAAAAAGGAUCUUCAAGGUUUCUAUUGCAGAUAAUCAUUCAGUGUUCCUAGCAUGUGAUUUAGAGUAG